UCAAUAAUCACACUCUCCCAAAUUUCCCACCAUUCCUCUGUAUUACACAAAUUGAAAUCAUGAAUCUGCAUUCACAUUCAAUUGGUGUGCUAUUUCUUUUCAUUCUCCUGGAAUUCACAUCUGCCAUUAUUAAUCCAAGUCACAUCACAGGUGAUAUUUUGAUUAAUUGCGGCUCCAAAGGCACUUCUGCAUCAAAUAAUGGCAGGGAAUGGAUUGGAGAUAUACAACCGAAGUCUUCUUCCUUGCUACAACUGAAGGGCUCUUCAACCACCUCAACGGUCAUCCCUGAUUUGAUCUCUUCCGAUCCAGUUCCCCACAAAACGGCGAGAAUCUCUCGAUCUCAAUUUUCCUAUAGAUUUCAAGUAAGUCCAGGUCAGAAAAUUCUCCGCCUUCACUUUAAUCCCACUUCAUAUAAAGGUUUCCAAGGGUUCAACGACUUGUUCACCGUUGAAGCCGGUCCUUUUACUCUGCUCGGUAUCUUUAGCGCCUCCCUUGCUGCUGAUGCUCUUGGUGUUGAUUCUUUUAUCAAGGAAUUUUGUUUAAACGUACAAGAAAAUCAACAGCUAGACAUAAUUUUCUCUCCUGAAAUUAGUCAUUUAUUAGAUACAUAUGCUUUCAUAAACGGCGUUGAGAUUUUCUCAGUGCCUGCAAGUCUUUCUUACUUUGAAGGAGGAGAUGUCGGUCUCCAACUGGUUGGAGAGAAGUCUCUAGUUUACUUUGAUUACAAAACUGCACUUGAAAUAAUCCACCGAAUAGAGAUUAAACAAAACUCGUUUUUGCCCGCUGGAGAUUCCGAUGACCUGUUUCCCAAGUGGGCAGCCCGGAAUGCAAAAAAGAGAAACAAUAACACAUGGAAUAUACCGGUGGAUGUGGGAUUCAAAUACUUGAUCAGGGUUCACAUCUCAGAGCUUGGAGUCAAGAUUGCAGAAAGUGGUGGUAACAUGUUUGAAGUCCUUAUCAAUGAAAUGAUUGCUCAAACUAAUAUUGAUGCAGCUAAAGGAAGGGAGGAAACUAACAUCCCUUUGUAUAGGGACUGCAUGGUGAUGGUGAGAGGAAACAAAAAGGAGGGCAAACGUGAUAUAUUGAUUUCCUUGAAUUCAUCUGAUGAUCGGACACUUGUUUCAGGAUUUGAAAUAUUUAAGUUGAGCAACUCUGACAACAGUCUUGCCAGUCCAAAUCCUUCGCCUCUAGCACGGGAUUCACCAUCCGACACUGUCCAAACUUUAUUAUUUGUACUUAUUGAGAGAAAUUCAAUUUCAACUGUUGCAGUGGUUAUAAUUUCUUUGGUAUGUAUCGUUGUUCAUAAGUUGCAAGAAAUUCAGGAAGCUAAUAUUACCGAGGAGGAAAACACGCCAACCCCAUCACAGAGAGAUGGACGUAUUUGUCGCCAUUUUUCACUAGAUGAGAUCCGAUUAGCCACAAACAACUUCAGUGACGCACUAGAAAUUGGAAUGGGCGGAUUUGGUAAAGUCUACAAAGGCCACAUUGAUAAAAACCAGACCGUCGUUGCUGUAAAGAGGUUAAAAUCAAGCUCCGACCAAGGGGUGCACGAGUUCUUGACAGAGAUCGAGACACUUUCUGAGCUUCGACAUGUUAACCUAGUUUCUCUAUUUGGUUACUGCAAUGAGCAAGAAGAAAUGAUUCUUGUUUAUGAAUACAUGUCACGUGGGACCCUGGGUGAUCAUAUUUACAAACUUGCAAGGGAAAAUAAUACAUAUUCUUUUCUCACAUGGAAGCAACGUCUGGAUAUUUGCAUUGGAGCUGGUCGAGGACUAGAUUAUCUUCACACAGGCAAUAAUGUCAUACAUCGAGAUGUAAAGACUACAAACAUUCUCCUUGAUGAAAAUUUCAUAGCUAAGGUUUCAGAUUUUGGCUUGGCCAAGCCUGAAAAUAUAAGCAAUUUACAAGGUCAUGUUAGCACGAACGUUAAAGGCACAUUUGGGUAUCUCGAUCCAAAUUACUCUCGCACUCAUAAACUAACCAGGAAAAGUGAUACGUACGGAUUUGGGGUGGUGCUGUUGGAAGUAUUGUGUGGGAGGGCUGCAGUGGAUUCGAAGGUUGUAAAGGAAGAGCAAAUUCUGAGCAUAUGGGCUCAAGAUAAGAUUAAAAAAGGAGAAGUUGACCAAAUCGUAGCUACGAGUCUGCGAGAUGAGAUUUCGCCAAAUAGCCUCAAGAUAUUUGUGGGAGUCGUAGAAAAAUGCUUGUCUGAUGAACCGAAGAAACGACCAACAAUGUCUCAAGUUGUGUCACAACUUGAGUUGGCUCUUGAGCAACAAGGGACUAAACAACCUUUGAAAAUAACAACAAUUGUAAAGACGGGGCAACCAACCAUUUUCUCUACAGCUGUGCAAAAUUUCAUCCCCAAUUCGAAGGAACAAAUUAAUAGCAACAUGGUUAUUGCUCAACUUCCAAAUAAUAAUAAAGAUGGUCCAUCAUUUCCGACGGAGCAACCAACAAUUUUCUCUACAAAUGUGCAGAAUUUCACACCUGAUCCGAAGGAACAAAUUAAUAACAAUGUGGUUAUUGCUCAACUUCCAAAUAAUAAUAAAGAUGGUCCAUCAGUUCAGACGGCGCAACCAACAAUUUUCUCUACAGCUGUCCAGAAUUUUACACCUCCUCCGCGGGAACAAACUAGUAGAAGUGUAGUUAUUGCUCAACUUCCACCCAAGGAAAAUGAAUUGCCAUCGGUAUCAGGUACGAAUUCGAUAAAUAAUAAUAAAAAACAAACCUUGACUAUUCAUAUCAUGAUUUUUAAACUUGUCAUGGUCUUAUUUUAAUGUGCUUAUGAUAUUACCUGAA